UAUUUCAAAAACAUGUUAUAUUACAUUUUUUACAUUUUCAUCAAGUUCCUUGUUUUGUGAUAAACUUAUGAGAGAUGUCAAGAGUACUGUGUCACAUUUUUGUUAACUAUAUAAAUCGAAAGCAUUAUUUUCGUUGUAUAGACGAUUUAUUGAAUUCUUCCCACGCAUUUGGUAGCCACUCGUCGCUUGUAUUAGUGGAGAUAUAUAUUAAUGUACUUAUAUUACAAAUCAUAAAUCAACAUGGGUGGCAGUUAAGUGUUUCGUAUCCCAUAUUCAAAAUUUACUAUUCACACAGUAUCCUCUGUACUAUACAGUGUGUAAGUAUAGUAGCGAUUUCAUGCAGAAACAUCAUUAAAUCAUGCAUAAUGCGAAUUUAAAGGUGUUAACUCAGUUUUUAAUUUCCGAUGUGAAAAACUUGUCAUGAUAAGAAAAGAAAAAAAAUUGUUUAAGUUUAUUUCGACGAAACUUUCCUAGCCCCUGAAGUACAAUGAAACGUGUCCGGAUUUUACGAAAAAUUAUAAAAUUUGAUUUUGCGAAUUUUAUUCUUGUUAUGUUAUAAGUUAAAAUAAAGAUAUGUAUGUAAUGUUAAAGUAAAUGUAAAAAAGGGGACUGUGCGCAUGUUUCGAAUGAGUUUUUCCUUUACAAAAUUUUGUGAUGACGACAUCAACAUUUUGCAAGGAGAUAUAUCAAUUUGGAUAGGUGCAGUGUAAUAGUAAUAAUAACAGCAUUAUAUUCCCAAAUUUUUGGGAAAAUAGAUUGAACCAUUUCUUAUUUAAUCAAUAAAAUAAAAUGACUCAAUCGUUAUUCUUUUUGAGUCGGCCUGUAGGUAUAAGCAAUUCUAAAAAAUUGUCGAAGGUUAUUUCGACAAGAUUUUCCCCAAAGUACAGCGCAAUAAAUCUUGUUACUUUAAAAAAAUAUAUGUUUCCGGAACAUUUAUUUAUGAUAACCUCUAUACAUUAAAACAAAUACAUAUAACAGAUAAAUAAUACCUACCAGUGACAGUAUAAAAAUCUAAAUUACAUGGUAUAAAUAUAUUUUGACAUACUAUAAUUUUUUGUUUAUUUGUAUCCAACUUUUUUUAAUGAUUCUCUACACAUUUUUUUUUCAGAUUUUUGUAGAGCUUGCUUUUCUGAAUCCAUUACUUUAAUUACCCAUACCUUACCACUUCGCCUUGCGUGCAUUAUGUUAGGAAAACACACCUGUUUAUAUUUCAUCUGGAGUGACCGCAACAGGAAACAGAUUGCUCCAAAAAUAUGAAUGCGUUGAUAAAGAUGAGUCUAUUGGUGCAAUUCUGUUACAACUUCUUAAAUUUAAAGGGUGUUAAAUUGCAAAUUUCCACAGUAAUGACUUAAAUUCGUAAAUCUAAUUGGCUAUUUGGCUGUUUAUUUUUAACAACCUUUAAAUUUUAAUACACUUUGAUAGAGAAUUGGUUCUUAAGCUUGUUUAGUGAGUCUUCCUAAUGGAGAUUAUUUCGAUCAACAUUAUUUCAACAAGAACACGUCUGUAAAUUCCGACAUGCAGUGUAAUGCAAAUAAUAAAACCGUUUCGUCGAGUUUCACCAUAGGUUAAAACGAUAUCGGUGUAUUCAAGAUUUGAAAACAAAGCCAUUUCAACACAUUUCGUCUAUAAAUUAGACAUUUGUGACACACAAACUUCAGUGUCAAAACGGUUGCUCGGGUACCUUCUUGUAGUGUUGUUAUUAUUCAAGGUGAACAUACACGGCUCGUGAAUGUAUGGGUGGGAAAAUUCUAAAUUCGACUUAAGUUUUCGAAAAAAUGCAAUAUAAAAAAGUUGUUUCAUUCCAGGAGUUCUGUUCCUGGUUAAAAUUAAUGUACUUAUUUCUGAGACACCCUGUAUAAUUAAAAAUAAUUCUGUCAAAAAUUUUUCUGUCACGUAACUUAAGGCCGAAUUUAACAAUGCCAUUUCAGCGAACAUAUACAGAUUCAUUUCUAGAGAUGAAUCGAUUACAAAUUAUCAUGAUUACCCGAUAUCCCUUUCUUUCACUCCAUUUGAAAUAAAGAAGACACCAUUUCUGAAAGAAACGAAGGUAUCUUAAACGAAUUUGAUGGUCCUUAUUGUGGAUUUAUAGAAUCAGAAAUGAAAAGUUUAAUAGAAAAAUUAUACUUACUAAAAGGCUAACGAUUUGUGGUGUUGUUAACUUUUUAAGUGCUUAUCUUAUUUAUUUAAGCUAUCUACAGUCUUAUCAAAUAAACAUUUGUUGAGAUGCCAUACUACUAUAUAAUAUAUGGAUUAAAUAAGAAAAAAAAGUGCAACGUUUUUAAUUUCCAAGAUGAACGACCUGGCAAUUGGAAUUGAUCUGGGUACGACAAAUUCGUGUAUUUCUGUUUAUACAAAAGGGAGAACACGAAUCUUAGAGAAUGAAAGAGGAGGAAGAGUUACACCAUCUUUCAUCUACUUCCAGCCGCAAGGUAGUAUUUUUGUUGGGGAACAUGCAAAAUCGAUGUCAGUUCAGAAGCCUGAAAACGGAAUUUAUGAAGUGAAACGGCUUUUAGGCAGACAGUUUGAUGACACAUAUAUUCAAAUAUCUCUGCAAUUUUUUCCCUUUGUAAUAUCUUCAGGCGUCUCUAAUCGCCCAGUGAUUUCUUUUGAACAAAAUAAUAGAACCAUCGAGAAAACACCACAAGAAUUGUGUACAAUUAUCCUCCAAAGAUUAAAAAAAUAUGCAGAAGCAAAAUUGAAUCAGACAGUAAACAAAGCCGUGAUAACCGUUCCGGCUUAUUUCAACGUAACACAGCGAGAAGUCACUUUAGCAGGAGCUAAAGAUGCUGGGUUCACUGUGCUCAAGCUGCUAAAUGAACCAACAGCAGCAGCUUUAGCUUACUAUUUCAACAAUAAUAUAACCGAAAACCAUAUUUCAUUGGUUUAUGAUUUCGGAGGUGGAACUUUUGACGUUGCGAUUCUUCAAAAAAAAAUUGACAACGUGGAAGUACUAAGUGUUGGUGGAGAUACUCAACUAGGAGGUCACGAUUUGGACAACUGCAUAUUAGAUUAUAUUUUCGAGGUAUUACGCAAACAUUAUAAUUACGAUGCGACAAUGUAUCCAGAUGAUAAAAGAAGAUUACGCAUUAAGUGCGAAGAAGCAAAGAAAGAAUUGUCAUGGGCUAAUGAAGCAGUGAUAACUAUAAAUGGAAUGGUAGCUGAACAUCCGAGAAUUAUUAUUAAGUUAACAAAGACUCUUUUUGAAGAGAAAACUGACAAGCUAUUCAAAAAAACUAUUGACAUCCUACAUAACUGCUUAGCUGAUGCAAAAAUUUCCAGAGAGUUGAUUCAAGAAGUAAUUUUGUGUGGUGGCUCUACUCGCAUCCCCAAAAUACAAGAAAUGCUUUCAGAUUAUUUCGGAGGUAAACAACUGAAUAAGUUUGUGAAUCCUGACGAAUGUGUAGCUGAAGGUGCAGCUUUGCAAGCUGCUAUGCUAUCAACUAGUAAAACACAAAACAUUGAACAACUGCAUAUGGUUGACGUAGUUCCUCUAUCGUUAGGUUUUGAUAGUUUUGGUCAUGCGAUGCAAAUUGCAAUACACAGAAACACGAAAAUACCAGCUAAAGGAUUUUGGCGGUAUGUAAAUAAAAAUGAAGAUGAUACUUCAAGUACUGUUAGAAUAUAUGAAGGCGAACGCACCGAUACAAGAAAAAAUCGAUACUUAGGAAUAUUAUUUAUUGAUGGUCUAACUCCUGCCCCACCCGGACAGCGACAUGUAACUUUUAUUUUGAACAUCGAUAAUAACGGGAUACUAACAGCUAGAGCCGAGGAAGAAUUGUCUAAUAACGUAAGGGAAGUGAAAGUGAAUUACACCAGAGGUGAUCGGAGUGAGUUUGAAAUUAAAAAUUCUUUACUCGCUGCAGCAGAAAAUCAGAAAAUCGAUGAGAAAUUCAAAAAUUUUGUUAAAAUUAAAAAGUAUGUAAAUCAAUAUUUAAGAAGUUUUUUGUAUAAUCUUCAUAAACGGAACUUGGGUGAAGAAUAUCAGUCAAUUCAGAUAUUUUGCGAAGAAACGAAAUAUAACUUAGAUUACAUGGAAGUCGACCAAGAAAAACGGGUAAAAGAUCUUUAUAAAGAAAUGAAGAUGAAAUGUGAUCCAAUUGCUGAGCGGCAUAAUUUUGACUACAUGCCCAAAUAUGAGUAAUAUCCACACUGUCUAACCUAUAAAGUGUGUUUGUUUAAGUAUUACUAACUUCGUAACAAAUACUUUUCUUAAAAAUCAAUAAUACAAAGACGAAAAUGUAGUUAAAUUUUGUCGAAUAUUUCUGUAAUUAUUUACUUAAGAGUAUAUAUUGUUAUACGUGAAUAGUUGAGAUAAUCAAUAUAAAUAGGCAUGAAAUAUGUAACCUCACAAAACAGAAGAAUGUAGACUUCAGAAAGUCCUCAUUUUUACAUGGAGUCAACCCCAUAUACCCAGAGAGUAGCUAUUUGGGCGGCGAUUAGCCAACGCAGAAUUAUUGGUUCGGUUUUUUGGUACUUUUGAUGAAAACAUAUCUGCUGCAAGAUACUAAGUCGAAAUUUUAACGCAAUUUUUAAAUACUAGGAUCGUGCUAGAAGAAGAAUUGCGAAAUAGAAAAAUUCUUGAAAUUAAUAACAAGUUUUUGAUGUGACACUUUCUUCGAUUGAAUUUUCACCGCCUGCUCUAAAUAUAUUUCUUAUUGUACAUCAGUUAGUAUUCCGAGCACAUUAAAACAUUUAAUAUGUGCCAAACCAGUGUUUUAUAUGUGUAUCUGCAACCCGUAACUUUAUUUAAACAAGGCACAAUGUGGACUUAAAAGUGUUAGAGCUUUGCCCAUACUGGUUCCUUAGUCUUUCAAAUUCAAAGGUAAGAAAUAUAUCAUGUAAUGCGUUGAUGAUAAGAAAAAAAAAACAUUCCAUUGCAACAACUUAACAAACAUUGAUUGCCACCAUAUUUGAAAAACCAGGUGAUGUCAUUUGUGGAAAAACCAGCAGCGAUAGAGUAUGAACAAUGUAUUCAUUUGUUUUGCAAGUGGCUGAAAUAUAUAUUAUUGGGAAGACCCGGGGAAAUUGUGAUGCCGUCAUUUAAUAACAUUUUACGGCGUUUUAUGAAACAGAUGACAUAUCAAGGUCUACGUCGUUGAAAAAGUAGAAAAUGUACUGUGUUUUUAGAACGCUUACAAAAGGUAAUUUCUGGAAGAAACAAAGACAUUUUAAUGCGAAUGUAGUGCUCUUUUUGUAAAUUUAUC